CACAGCCCAGCGGCAGUGCCAGGUUCAGUCCUCCAGCGCAGCCAGCAUCACACUAAACACAGCAACUGCGCUCAUGUUAGUUUGCAGCUUAGUGCAAGAAAAGUCCAUCUAGACGAGUGAAGCUUGUAGCCAAACCUGUCACCUGCCAGGCGCACCGCAGAACGAAGAACUGACCGGGACCCGGGGUUAGCUAACUGCUUGUUGGCUAGCAUGCUGCUGUCUCGACACGCCAGACAACUCCUCUCGGAUUAAUUUGAUCUCGUCAUGACUGAGUUAAGAUGCCGCAAAACGGAGACUAUGGAAGGAGACAAAGAAGGAGAGCAGCGCCAAAUAAAGCCGGAGUUGCAAACUGAAAAUAUGAAUGAGCCGGUGAACGCAGAGGAUGAGGUGAGAGUGUCCAGCGGUGGAGCAGGUGAUAACUUGCUGCAGAAAGAUGAAGAGGAAGUUAAAGGAGAAGAUGGUCACCAUAAAGAAGACGAAUCAAACAGAUCUGGAGCAUCUGUCAACAGAUCCACGAGUUCUUCUACUUCGGGUUUUCUGCAGCGUCUGGUGAGGGUGUUCUUCGGAUGUCUGGCAGCAGUUGCUUGCGGCAUGCUUUAUGCUGUGUAUCUCUCUACGUACCAUGACAGGAAGUUCUGGUUUUCAGCUAGACAGGAGCUUGAGCGUGAAAUCACCUUCCAAGCAGGCAGUGGCCUCUAUUAUUACUACUAUAAACGCAUGCUGGCGGCUCCGUCCUUUGAAAGAGGAUUUUAUGAGCUGAUGGCAGAUAACAGGACUGUUUCAGGUCGAACCAUCAAUGUAGUGGAGCGUCUGUCUCUUUAUCCAGAGCUCAUCACAAGCUUCAUAUACAGAAUCACAGGGAGCCAGGAUUUCGUGGAGCCGAUCUACUUUUAUGUUGGAGCGGUUUUCGGCCUCCAGGCGGUCUACGUCACUGCCCUGUUUGUGUGUAGCUGGGUGAUGAGCGGCACCUGGGUGGCUGGCAUGUUGGCUGUGGCCUGGUAUGUGAUCAACAGAUCAGACACAACCAAAGUGGACCAUGCUAUUCCUCUGCGGGACAACUGGGCUCUGCCUUACUUCUCUUGUCAGGUGGCAGCUUUGACUGGAUUCCUGAGUAACAAUAUCAGCUCUGCUACCGAGAUGUUUUGCUAUCUUACCAUGAGUGCCACCACCUUAAUCUUCCUCCUGGUCUGGGAGCACAGCCACUACGUGCUCUUCAUCCAAGGCCUCUGUCUUUUCCUGCUCGACUCUUUUGACCUGGUGCCAACACGAAAGAUUGCUGACAUCCACAAAGUGUACCUCAGCUCCUUGUUCCUGGCCUACCUGUUCCAGUUUCAGAACCCAGUCCUGCUCAGCUCACCGCUGCUCAGCCUCCUGAUUGGCUCAGUGCUCGCGAGGUACUUCCAGCAAAAGAUGAAGAUGGGUCCUCUUGUGGCCCGAGUAAUGAAGCUCUUCCUACAUUUCCACCUGGUCUUUACAACAGGGAUCACCUUCAGUUAUUUGGUCAAGAAACUUACAUCUGUAAGUGAAGGUGACUUAUUAUUGAAGUUCCUUGAAGUAAAAUUUGGGCUCAACACAACAACUGACUUUGUCACCAACUUCCUCCUGUGCCAAGAAAGUUUCCAGAGAGCUGGACAGGACUUAUUUCUGCGACUGACACAGGCCUCAGUCCUUCCCUUUUACGUCCUGGUGCUGUCUGUCUGCCUGCUGUCCACCCUGCAGGCCAUUUACAGAAGACUCAGUGGUCAGCCAAUGAGAACCAACCUCCGACUUGAAGAUGCACAAAUAGGAGAGCAGCCUGAGGUCAUCUAUCAUGUUUUUCACACAUUGCUUUUUGGAGGACUGACUCUGGUGUUUGAUGGGAUGAAGUAUUUAUGGACGCCAUACGUCUGCAUGUUUACAGCAUUUGGUGUGUGCUCUCCAGACCUCUGGAUGACUGUGUUUAAGUGGCUCAAACUGAAGUCUAUUCACCCUGUAGUGCUGUCUCUGAUCCUGAGCACAGCAGUUCCAACCAUCAUUGGUUUCAGUUUAUGGAGAGAGUACUGCCCUCGUGUCUUGGCGGAGUUGUCUGAUCUGCAGGAGUUUUACGAGCCAGAUGCAGUGGAGCUGAUCAGCUGGAUCAGGUCACAGGCUCCAGUGGCAGCUGUGUUUGCAGGAAGCCCUCAGCUACUAGGGACAGUGAAGCUGUGUUCAGGUUCAGCUGUGACCAGUUUACCACUUUACUCAGACAUCAGCCUGCUGAGGAGGAGUGAAGAUACUUAUCAGGUGUACGCAAUGAGAUCUGCAGAGGACAUCUAUAAGAUUCUGACGUCUCAGAAGGCAAACUAUGUGAUCAUCGAAGAGGCAAUUUGUAAUGAGCUUAGUCUUAAUAAGGGCUGUAGGAUCAAAGACCUCCUGGACAUCUCCAAUGGACAUGUUGUUUAUGAUAAAGGAGAGAUGUACUCCUUCUCCAAGCAUGGAAGAUUCUGCCACGAAAUAAAGAUGAACUACUCGCCCUACACAAACUACUUCACUAGAGUUUUCUGGAAUCGCUCGUACCACGUCUAUAAAGUGAACUCUGUCAUUUCUUUUCAGUACUGACAGCAGUUCCUCCCUCCCUGCUGAGACUUUACUGAGCCUGGCUCUGCCCUUCUCCAGUGUUUCACAUCAUGUCCACAGUGUAACACGCAGGACUGCGAUUGUGUUUGUGCAGUGCGUGUGGUCGUAAAAAUGUCUAAUCCCUGUUCACAUUUGGGUGUGGAUGGUGAAGCUGCACAUUUGAAUCUACAGGGAUCAACUGAGCACACUGUUGCGCUACACCUUGUUUAAAAUCAACAUAAAUGGACCUUGUUGAAGUUGGAUUAUGCCAUAUUAAUCACUGUACUGUAGUUUUAUAAGCCAUGCGUUACUGUUACUGCGAUUGAUUUAAUGAAGGAGGAGCUUAAUAUGUGAGAUCUGUGAGUUCAUUUUGCACAGAAGCUGAAAGCAGCUUUGGUUACUUGGACAUUUUUAGCGUCUUUAUCUUAUCAUCACAACUUCUGUUGCUAUGCAGAGACCACAAGCUUUGCCUAUAUGUAUAUUUUUAAAACUGUCAGCCUGUGAUAAUGGUUGGAUUUUACCAUUGUUUUGAAAUUGUUUCUUUUUUUUAAAAUCUUGUUUUAAAUUUCUCAUGACCUUCGGAUGACUGUGGUCUGCCCAUCUUGGUUUGCUCAUGAAGUUAUCAAAUCACGAUACACGUUUUAUAUCAAGAACAUGUGAUGAUGUUCAGUCACAAAGCUAACAUGAUGACUAAGAGCUAAUUAAGACCUAAACUAAAUUGCCGGCAAUCAGCUGCUUUCCGUCACUUUCUGCCUUUGUUUCCUCACGAAACGUACUCAUGCAGUGCAUGUGUAUAUGCUGUGUCCUUAGAAGACUGCUGCUUCUCAUAUGCUUGGCUUUGAUAGGAACAGUGUUUGUUUGUUUGUAUGCUGCUUAUGGUGUGAUGUGUUCUGCAAAAGGGAAGUGGAAGCAGAUCUCUGCUGUCAAAGAGGUCACCCACCUGUGUUCAGAGGUCAUUAUUAUACCUGAGGUCUACUGUCAAACACUGAAUACAGUUGAAUUUGCUUGUGGUAUUAGAAGAUACAGAACAUGCUUGUGAUCUCAGCUCCAUGCUUUAAACAUAGCAUCACAUGGUGCCUGGCAUGAAGGGAGAAUUUUUUUGUUUUCUAAUAUUAAACAACCCUGGGACAAUAGAAAAAGAAAUAUCUGAAUUUUUAAACUGAGGCUGCUUAUGUUUGUUUUGUCAAUCUCUUUAUCUGGAUGCCUUAUGUUCAGAGGUGGGAACUGGUAUGGUUCGGUCGUAUGACUUUUCCCAUCUUUUUCCUGAUCACACCUUCAGCUUUGUCUGAGACUGAUCAUUUCCCACCUGCAGUAUUUGGUGAUAAGUUCCUCCUGGUGCUAUCAUGUAAGUCUCACCUGUAACUCCCCAAAAGGCCAUAUAGUAAAUGUUAGGUUUUAUUGAAUUACUGAUGGAAAUCAAAGGUGUACAUGAGUUGAUUAUAAAUAAAAAAUGAUCUCAGUAA